ACAGAUUUCAAUUCCUUUAUAAAGACUGCACCGAUUGGUUUUGAUUAGUAUUAUUCUUGGUUUUUCCGUACUCAUCUUCGUUUAGAAAAUUUCGAAAAUUAUUGAAUCAUGAAAUAUUUUGUGUUUUUGUGUCUUAUUGGUUAUUGCGCUGCUAAAGAUUUGCCUAACUAUUUUGAUGUUUGCAAACCGAAAGAAACGGAUAUUUCAAAAUGUAUUAUGCAAAAUAUUGAAAAAAUUAGACUAAAACUAGAUGAUGGCCUUCCAGAGAUGGGAAUUCCUAGUAUAAAUCCCUUAGAAAUUCCGUCUGCGGAACUGAACAUUGGAAAGGAGUUCAAAGCAUCAAUGAAGGAUAUAAAAUUGUAUGGCAUAAAUGCGUUCAUUGUGAAACAAUUAAAAAUUGAUUUGGACAAAAGUUAUAUAGAAAUCAAAGUAGUUAUACCACAUAUUCGUACAGAAGGAGAAUACAACGUUAACGGAAAAUUAUUAAUUUUGACUCUAGAUGGAAGUGGACCUGGUCAGAUCAAUAUCACAAACCUGGAAAUAUCCUUAAUUGGUCAUGGAAAAAAAGAAAUGAAAAACGGAAAAACUUUCCUCAAAAUCAAAUCAAUGGAUAUUACAUCAAAAAUAGGAAAAGUAAUUCUAGAACUCAAAAAUUUAUUUAAAGGCAAUCCAGAACUUACUGAUAAUUCUAAUAAACUCCUUAAUGAUAACCAAGAAAUCCUGGUAGAGCAAUUCGCUCCUGUUGUUGUGGACAUUAUGAAGAAAUUCCUCUCAGAAAAGAUAAGCUACGUAUUCAAUAAAUAUAGCCAAGACGCAUUGUUUCCCCAAUAAAUAAGUACUGUAUAGAAAAUAUGGUAUAGUUUUUUAUGUAACUUAUUUUUGUAAAGCACGCUGGGCUAU